AGAAAAGCCCUAAUUUAUAUGGGGAUUAGAGAAUUCAGGGGUUACCCAACUCCUUGAGUAGGAGGAAGCUAACAGUUUGAAGUUUAAGCGAGGAAGGAAGGAGAAAAUGGCACUGGAUGGUAGCGGCAAUGGGGAUGACUUCUCUGUUGGGUCGUUCUUCUCCAUCAAGACGACCUUAGGGGAUGAAUUUCAAGGCCAAGUCAUUACCUUUGACCGCCCCUCCAACAUCCUCGUCCUUCAGGAGGGUUCGAAGCCAGGACCUCGUAGGAACAUAAGGCUGCUGAAGGCCAAUUAUAUAAAGGAAUUUUCGUUUUUGGGACAUGGUGAAGAUCCUCUUGAUCUCAAAAACUGUUACCUCGAUCUCAAUACUCUCCGUGCUCGAGAGGAACUCGCCAUUAGGCAAGCAGAGGCUGAGGCGGAGAGGAUAGGAGUGGGUGUGACCAGUGAGGCCCAAAGUAUUUUUGACGCCCUAUCUAAAACGCUUCCUGUUCGUUGGGACAAGACUGUCAUAGUUGUAAUGAAUGAAGUACGUGUUAGCAGUCCCUAUCUACCAGAAUCUGUUUCUGGAGGCACCCCUGCUGCCAAUGAGCGGGUGAAGAAAGUGCUUGAACUGGAGAGGAAGCGGUUGCAAGUUCGUGGCAGUGGUCAGUGAUGGUUAUUCAUCCUUACCCUUCAUUUCUGGGUGACAGGUGAUUACCUGUACUGAGCCUUUUGCUAAUGGGGAAGGUAUAAUCUCUUUUAGAGGCAUCUCGGUGUCAGCAAUCAUGAAGGGAUUUAGUGUUUGAGUGGUACCUAGUCUGUUGCCAAAGUUUUUUAGGUUGUUGAUUUUCUCCUGUUUAUGUACUGCACUGGACACACCCUGGCAAAGCUUUUGGGAGUCCAUAUUUAAAAUUUUCCAAGAUUUGCUUUGCUCUAUUGCAAUGUAUCAAAUCUGAAAUGAGCGAACUCAGAUGUAAUAACUGUCCACCUUUCAUUAGAUCAUAAUGUGGAAAAACUGACCCUGAUGUAUUUGAAAAA